GUGAGGAGUUUGGGAAAUCACAUCAUUAAAAACCCCCGUUCAGUUGGCUAUAGCAGGACGUUCACAGCGGGCAGAGUGUACUGUAUACACAGUUUACGGAGACGAAAUGGGACAUUCAGCCUUUUUCUUUCUCAUGACCAUCUCCACGGUGUUGGCCGGGAGCGGUGUUACCAUCAAGACCUUGGUAUUCCCCACUGAGACCAGUACCAGUUAUGUCGAGAUGGUCCCUAUGAAACCCCUGAACCUGGCGGCUUUCACUCUGUGCAUGAAUGUGGCCACAGAGCUCACCGGAGAGCGCGAGAUCAUCCUCUUUGCGUACCGGACUGCGGACUCUGAUGAGCUCAAUGUGUGGCGUGAACUGGACGGCAGAUUGUCCUUCUACUUGAGUGGAGACGGUGUUCUCUUCCGAGUCCCUCAGCUCGGCGCCCUGCAGACCCACCUGUGUGUCACCUGGGAUUCCAGUUCAGGUGCGGCUGCCCUCUUCAUGGACGGGAAGAGAAGCUUGACCAAAAUUUACAAGAAAGGUCACGCCAUCCGCCCCGGAGGCAAGGUUCUCCUCGGUCAAGAUCCGGAUAGUUUCUUGGGUGGUUUUGAUGCCAAACAGAGUUUUGUUGGGGAGAUCGGUGAUGUUAAUAUGUGGGACACUGUCCUCUCAGACGGCGAGAUCCAAGACAUGUUCUCCGGGAAGACACUGACAAUCGGAACCGUGUUAGACUGGGACACUGCACAGCUUAAAAUUAACGGGGCGGUCGAGGUUGUUAAUCGUGAGCUGUAGCUGUAAUGCUCACACGUGACACGACAUGCUGCAAUAAUGUAGGCAACGUCAUGACGUCAGGUGAGGCAAUAUAAAGCUCUGCAGUCAGAGGGAGUCAGUGUAGCCACAUAACACCUACAGUUUGUGAAGCAGAUUAUUUCAAUGGCAUUAAUAAAAACCUUUGCUGAUAA